UCACCGUCAUCGUCGUUAUCAUCGUGAUCAUCAUCAUCAUCAUCAUCAUCAUUCGGACGAAUCGGAUAGACGCGAUGGAGUUUCGCGAAUAUCUUGCGUGACGGUCACGGACUACGUCUAUCCUUCGAGAAAACGGGAGCCGCGCCCGUCACCUCCCUCAAGCUCGAUCUCGAUCGUAACGGCAACACCUCGUAAGAUUGACGUGUCACGUACAUAUACAUCUAUUUGCGCGACGAGGAUCCCUCGGUGGGCGGGUACGAGUACGAUACGCGCGAUAGCGCGCUCGCCCGUCGCCGCUCCGCCAGUCACGGCUGGAGCGGAACGGCGCGCGUCUGUCCAUCAAAUCCGCUUCUUUCGUUCGUCUUUUCACCGCAUCAUCAUCGUCUUCCUCGUUGCAUCGUGUCAUGUUCUGAGGUCGAGGGUGUGCGCGCGAGCGAACGAGCGAGGAAGCCGACCGCGGAGCUUCGAUGUGAAGCGUUCACCCGAAGGAGGCACCCGCGCGACAAGAAGAGCAGUACAAUUCAUUAAAGGAAGGUGCACAUCUUUGCCUCCAUCAGUUCUAGGCUUUUGUUGUGAUUCGGACUAUUCGGAAGUUUUCUAUAUUUCUGGGCAAAACCUAGAGCUUCAUCAACAACAUCAGCGAUAUUUCAUUAGUCAAGAAUGGCGAUGCAGAAGAUGAGAAGACAAGGGCAAGACGUCAUGCAAGUGAAUCUAGCAGGUAUUAGGCGAGAUAUUAUGAAUCUUGCCCAUAACUACAGCAAUGCCCAGAAAGCUGUACGGAAAGCUACUAGCAAUGAUCCUUGGGGUCCAAGUAGUACACUUAUGGCAGAAAUUGCCGACUUAACAUACAAUGUCGUAGCAUUUACAGAAAUUAUGCAAAUGUUAUGGAAAAGAUUGAAUGAUCAUGGAAAAAACUGGCGACAUGUAUACAAAGCCUUAGUUCUCUUAGAAUAUCUUAUCAAGACAGGAAGUGAAAAGGUAGCACAACAAUGCAAAGAAAAUAUUUUUGCCAUCCAAACCUUAAAAGAUUUUCAAUAUAUGGAUGGGCAUAAAGAUCAAGGAAUUAACGUGCGAGAAAAAGCAAAACAAUUAGUGGCCUUAUUAAAAGAUGAUGAGAGAUUGAGAAAUGAGCGGGCUAGAGCAUUGAAGGCAAAAGAGAGAUUUGCACAGUCGGUUAGUGGUUUCGGAAGUGACGGUCUGGACACAAUGUCACCUGUUAGUAGUGAUUUUCAAGAUUGGGAACCUUGUCAUUUAUCCGAAUCAGCGGCUAGACGUACAACGGAAUUGGAAGCUGCAAGACCGCAAACGGUAGGAGAGGAAGAAUUACAACUGCAGCUGGCCUUGGCUAUGUCUAGAGAAGAAGCAGAACAAGAAGAACAAAGAAGACGCAGCGAUGACGUCAGAUUGCAGUUAGCUCUCAGUCAAAGUCAGCAAGAUUUUAAAGCUCCGCAAUCCGAAAAGCAAAGUCACAUGUUGGAUUUACUCGAUGUAAAUUUAGGAGAAGCAAGCGGUUCUUCAGUACAAACUGAUCCUUGGGGUAUCCCGAUAACAGCACCACCGCCUAGACCACAGCCACAAAAUGAUCCAUGGAGUGUUCCUACAACAAGUACCACGUCACCCGCGAUAGAUCCGUGGAUGCCUGUUCCUCCACAAAGACCAAAAUCCUCAGCUGCCACUAUCGAUCCAUGGCGUGCACCUGCUCCAUCUCCUGCUACAGUCAUAUCUCCACCUCGUACCAACGAUCCUUGGUCACCAGUUCCAUCUACUACCGUCACUGAAUCGGAAUCGAAUAAGCAGGCUCAAGAUGGUGUAACAUCUCCAUCACCAUCUUUCAACAAUUCAAACUUGACACAAAACAUCGGCUUCGCGAUAUCGUCGUCUCAAAAUAUAGGUUUCAAUUUGCCACCAGUAUCUUCAGCCGCUACUACCUUCAGCACUAGCAAUGGUUUCAACGGCACAGGGCCAGGCUUCAAUAACUUUCCUACUCAGAACAAUGGUGCUGCAACGAGUCCUCUCAGCGAUUUAGAUGAAUUUGAUGUGAUUACUAACAGGGGAAAACUCGAAGCGAGUCCGCAGACGGUGAACAACGGUGGUACAUCAUCAGGAGGAGAUCCUUUCGAUCUGGGUGGCAUAGCUGAAACUCUUCCUGCCAGCACCGGUGCUGUGAAAAAGACACCACAAUCCUUUUUAGGAGAAAACUCUGCACUUGUUAAUUUAGAUAAUCUUGUCAGCGCUACGGCGAUUAAGCCAUCAGCUCCUGCGCCAGCGGCAACCAUCUCAUAUUCAGCAAAUCCAUUUGCAACUGUGACGCCACCACCCCGUCCUACAAUCAAUCAGAUUCGACAGGAUCCAUGGACAGCGAAUACAACUACGGCUAAUCCGUUCCUCUCGUAGCCUGAUCGAUCAAUCGAAAAAACUUUGUAAUUACUGCGUCCCUCGAAACGUGAUCCGCAGUUCUACAUGUACUACGGUAUAGAUUUCGGUUAACGGUAAAAAGAGAUAUGAUUUUACUUAUAGCAAUUAAUGGGCAGGGACAGAUGUGAAUAAUAAGACCAUAAGAAGGCGGAGGAAACAUCCCCAUCAAUGAAAUUUUAUUAAUAAUUUAAAACGUUAAUUUUCGAUAAACUAUAUUGCAGUGCACUUAUGCUCAUUGUAAAAGUCUCUUUUGCUACUUUUUCUUUUAAAUUUCCCUUUGCAUGUAUUACUCGCUUCUUAAAUUUUAUUGUGAAAUAAUCAUCUAAAUAAUUAAUUAGUAGAAGCGUGGCAUAUUGGUAAUUAAGUGAUGGUUGGAUGGUUAAAAGGUACAACAUAAUAAUACAAAUCAUGUUUUAACA